AGCAGAGCAAAGCACAUGUAAUGUUAUGACUGUAAGAUAGAUACAACUUAUAUUGCCUCGAUUUCCAACCCAGAGCCCUAUGGCAGGGGGCUAUGGGGCUUGAUCCAGUCUUGUGGGAAGUUCAACAGACCAUUUGGGCAUGCACCAUGUGCUGGGGAUAGGACAGCUAGUGAGGUGAGGGAGACAAAACCACCGGUAUAUCAUGUUCUUUGUCUGCUUCCCCUGCAGUUCAUUAUUUUCCUAAAUUCAGAGACAUGGUCUCACCUGACCUGCAGCCCUCAGAAGCUAACUGCUACUACCCAGCUCUUCUGUGAAAGCAGAACAGAGGGUGUUCCACCAUCUCUGCUUCCCACACACUUAUCUGUAUCACUGGCACGUUACCACAUACAAGCUUUUGCCCUUCUAGCUGUUGUUGGGAGAUGACUCAUAUUUCCAGGUGGGCCAAUCUAUUCUCACACCUGCUGGUAAGGGUUAGGCAACAUUUAUACUUUUUUUGAUCCCUCAUAAAUCAUUUUGAUCCCUGCAUCUAUAGGUGUGUGCCAGGCUUCCCAUCAUGCUGUCUUCCAUGGAUUAUUAAGAGGUAUCUGAGAAGCAAAUGCUUCUCUAUCAGCAUUUAUGGUGUAGCCAAGCAGUGGGUGCCCAUGGCUUCAGCCAGUGAAUGCUGCAAGCCAUCCUCCACGUUUUCUGUCUCUGGUACCUGCUCAUUCCCAACCAAAUGGAGUGAGCUGGGGGAUGAACUGGAUGUGUACAGCUCCAAGGCAUAAGAGAAGCCCUAAUAUCUGUCAGAAUUACUUCAAGUGUUACUGCAAUCCCAUCUCCACUUUGUAGAUUUCUUCUGACAACUGCAGUCACUGCAUGUGUGUGUAGCCCUUUCUUCCUGUGUUCUCUGUAUUGUUCACACCUAACUCUCAUUCAGAACGGUGCAUCCACUAAUUAAUUAGGUGCUUCACCCAAAGGCUCACUUUCACUAUUUCCCCGAUUUUGUAGCUGCUCUGUAAGGUGCAAUGUUUUGUCUCUCAGUGCAGCUCAGGUAUAUUGUCUCAAUAAUAAGAGUGACAGUUUUUUACAUGCUGGUGACUGUAUGUGGUUUGGUGUGUGCAGAGCUCUUUUUCUUUCCUAUUUUUCAUCCUAUUAGCAUUAACUGAAACAAUGUUUUUUAAUCUCUUGCUUGUCCCCACUGAGAGAAAUUGGCUUAACCAUCCUCAGAAAACAACUGAGACAAAGCCAUUGACAAAGCAGCACUGCAGAAUUUCUGCUUAUUGACCACCAAAAAUCUUGCCUUAAGGAGAAUGCUGAUGAGGAAAGGGACUGUUAGACCUGCCAUGAUGAAGACAUGCUUCUGUCCUUGGAUGUGGUGCCUUGCAAAUAAGUAAAAUCUGUCCUUUAUAGAGGAGCACCAUUGUGUGAAGCUGAGUAAUGGAAGGAGAGGACCCCUGAUAGAGUCAGCCUAGUCCAUGGCAGGCAUCCCAAAAGCAGGCUGCAGCUUUCGGUUGCUGCUUAUAUGUGUCUCUUGGACACCCCACUUCCCUCUAUGGCAGGAAUUUGGCAUUGUUUUAAGUCUCACAAUAUCAAAAUGCCAGAUCUUAACACUACUGAUGUAGCCACACAGGCAAACAAAACCAGCCAGAGUUCAGACCGACAUGGAUGAUCUUAAAAUUCUUCUAAGCAUCUAAUAGCUUCUUUAUGUGUCUGUCUAACAUCUUAGAAAACUCAUCAAGUCUAUAGGUUAUAACAGUUUAGAUACUGACAUUUUGCCAGGACAGAUAGUAACUACUUUGUGCAUUUGUGUGGGAGUCAUUCAUGCAUUCACGUUUAUGUGCACAAAUAUGCAAACACCUACGUAGAAGAUUCAAACAUACAUCAGCCCAAAGACAAACCUUCUGUUGGCUUUGCUAGCAAGAUAUCAAGCCUAGAAAGGCUUAAUUUGUCUCUGUCUCCAAAAACUGCAAUAGGAAACCCGUGUUUUUAUCAGGGAAGUACAGAAGAAGGAUCAUGCUAGAUAUGCUCUGAUCUUUUUCAGCUAAUGUCUUUUCAUCAGAAAAAUGCAAAUUUCUCAAAGCCCUACCUAUUCACUGGAAAGGCUGCUCUUUGGCAGUUUCCUCUUUUGAAAAAAAGAAAAGAUUUAAGAUGCCAGAAGUCCUACUUGAUGCUUUCUCGAUUUUUCCAAGCUUUGUUUUGAAACGACUCUUCAUUUAGAAAUGUACACCAACCACAAUAUUUUAAGAAAACUGAAAGGGCUCAAACUGCAAUGAGACAGAAUAUCUGAAAUAAAAUAUUUCAGUUGAGCUAAGAUGGAAUUCUCUGGAUAAUCAUUUUAACUGUUUGUCCAUAAUCAGAGUUGGAAAACUUCUCAAAACCUUGAUGAGGUUCUCAGGAUAUGAAACAGUCCUUUACCACAUCCUAGGUCUGUUUCCCUCUCACCUUGUGGCCUUGACAGUCACUUUUGCCCUCAUUUUGCACAGAGAACUUUCACUUGAGUUGAAUAAAUAAAUUGCCCAAGUGGUUUAUCAGAGAGAUGCAGCCUCAGGGUGUAUCUAUGCACUGACUGCAAUCACAUUAGUGUAUUUGCAUGAAUUUGUUUGGAAUUUGCUUUUAAUUUCUUGAUUUUAUUUUUGUCAGAUAAGGAACUUAGGUCUGAUUUGGUCAGAGUCACUGAGAACUUGCUGCUGCCUUUAGCAUCAGAGAGCUUCAUGAGGCUUUGUUAUGGAAAAAGAGCAAGGGCAGUCUUUUUCUGGUUGUGAAACUGCUUGUAAUCUGAACACUGAACAUAUCCUUCUCUCUAUUCUUAUUUCCACGACUAAGAGAGUAGAAUUUACCAUGCUUACCUUCACAAAAUCCUGCUGAGGUACCGAAAUACAAUCACUGUGUUACAGGUUAGCACCAAAGAUCCAGAAAGCCUCAGAACAAAUAGGACAUAUGCUACCUGAGGAGUAGAUAAGCCCACACCUGCCAAGUAUCACUCUAGUAUUGAAACCACAAGACCAUCUUUUUCUGUGCUAUGUGUACACUUCCUGCUCAGUUGAGAGCUGAGGAAACAAGGUAUGCUGAGGUGUGAACAUUCUUAGCAUGCUUGUUGGUACUGUGAAAGCUCCAGGACAACAGAGAUACAAACCAUGACCAAAUAUGGACCAGUGUGCCAAUGUGCUGGGCUCAGAAAAGAGCCCAUUCUCAUUUCCCCAAUGCAUUUACAAUCAAAGCACUAAUCUAGCAGCAAUAUUCCUUGCACUACCCUUUUACAUCUGGAUACACAUGCAGGUAUUGCCUGAAACUCUUAGGGCAAAACACAAUGUUGAUAUUGAUUUGGGACUAUGCCAACGAGUGCCUCAGUUUGUUUUCUUUUUUAAGCCCUCAAUCUCAGUAACAAAUCAGAAAUGAGUCUUUGAAGUUAUGUUGGGUUUCUUUUCUUUUCUUUUCUUUUCUUUUUUUUUUUUUUUUGGUAGUUGUUGUUGUUGCUUUUUUCUGCAGUGCUUCCAUUUACUUCUGAAAAAAAAACCUGAACAACUACCAGAGCAGGACUGUGCCUGGCCCUGAGUCAGCUAGCGGCAGUGGGGAAACAAGCACCCACAGCCUAAUGUAGCUGAGCCCCCACAGAAGGCACCCACAUUUCUUGAGCCAAGGAUAACUGCUCUCUUCAGCUGUUAAAGCAUUCCAGCCAAGUGGAUACCUCCUUUUUCUAUCCUUGCAGGAGUUUGAAUAGCAAACUAGCAUAGCUUCUCACUUUCACAAAUGCACAGAAACCCUAUUUGCUCCUCUGUAGGGUGGCUGUCUGGUUAGCACAGUCAGAAUUAGGAGGGGGGUUAUUUUAUUAGCCGGUAAAGCUGAUUGAUUUAUUAGAGCAGAAAUCUCUUGCAAGCUCCAGCACAGGUUAUUCUCCAAAUGCAAACUCUAUUUCAUUUCACACACACAAAAUAGCCAAAGUGCCUGUGUUAUGAAUAGGCCCCUUUGUUACCCUGCGAAUCGACAAGACAGACUGUUUAGUUCAUGUCUGUACAUUAGCAAAGGAGGACGGGGUCUGUGAGACAGAUGUGGCCUUUAAUUGCAUGGAAAUAUUAGAAGAUCGUUAAGCCAAUUUUGACAGGGUUUUCCUCUUAUGAAGGGAGCAGAGCGUUGUUUCAGGGAAGGUGCAGGGAGCAGCCCUGUCUUGCCAGCCCCACAAAUAGGACCUUGUCCUACUCCCUCACCCCAGUGCUAAACAAAACCAGAGGAGAUUUAGUCAGAAGCCCCACUUUCCUGCCAGAGCUGCAGAGCUACAUCUCAGAAAGAGCUUGCUUUAAAUUGCAUCUGAUAAAAGGCUUUUCAACGCAGCUCAGGGGACUUGCCCUGGUAGAGAUAAGAUGAGCCAUAUCAGCUCUGCUGAGAACAUGGAGAUGUGCCGAGAGGCCUGCUUCUUAUUUGUGUUAGAAUGUUAGAGUGUAAGAAACACUUCAGCAAGAGGAGAACAAACUGCAGUCAUCUCAGAAAACAUUGCAGGGUUGCAUAUAAAGGCCACCCUCUCCUCUGUACAAAGGCUAGCUUUUGUUUUGAUGGCCUGGGUUUUGUUCUUAGUUCAGUGACGCUCCAUCAAAUGACUUUGAGCAGAGUAUUCGGUUGCUUUAUGCAGGUUUCUAUGCCAUAAAGUUGAAGUAAUAACCUCAAGACUGCUGGCAUGGCACCACUGAAAUGCUGCCCCUGUCUGUUACUCACAUUGCUAUGGGAGGAGGUUACUGGCAGCUCGGUAUUGCACAGUUACCAAGCUAGAGCUAAUGAUUGUCGUUACAAACCAAACCAGCCAACCAAACACAAAAUUAAUCGUUACAAGUGGAGUUUUGCAGAUGAGUUGCAGGAAAGUGGGGCUGACUCUGCAUGGACCAUGUGGAAAUCUGCAUGAUAGUCCUAGAGGUAACAGAAACCUGAUCAGAACCAGCCCCAAAGCUGCUCUUGUGUAUAUUACCUGUACAUGUUUCAAGCAGCACCUCCUGCAGAGGAGAACACUGAGAUGCCAAGUGACCCUACAUAAAGCUGGAGACUGAACGGGUCUCAGUGCUGGGAUUUGACCUGCUGUCAGCCUUGGCUGCCAGUCCCUUCCCUCCCCAACAUACUGUGAGCCUGGGCUCCACUUCUUGCCUGCUUUCACUGCAGCAAAACAUUUGAAACUCCCUGCCAUGAACUCAUUUGUGGCCUCUGCCUCCCUGGCCUGCUUUGCUGGGGCCGAGGACAGCUGGGAAGAAGCAGCCAUCUAUUCUCACAGGGGUGGAAAACUAGCCAUGAGGGCAGGCUUCUGGAGGUGGCAGGAGCAAAUGACCUCAUUUAUCUAAGCAAGGCUCAGAGCUCUUCUCAGUACCAUGCUGAUAAAAUCAACAGACUUUCUGUUAAUGGUUACUGGUAAGAGAUUUUUGUAACUUUUCUGCUCAGCCUCCUAGGAGAACAGAUUUUGCUUUUGUCUAGCACUUCCAGCCUUAGGAUAACACUUGUCACUUCUCUGACCUGUUUCUUCCCUUGACAUGGCAACACUGCAAAAUCUGAGAAUUUCUAUGGUUGUGCAUUGUACAGAUAUAGAAACUGAGACACGUGGACAUCAAUACAGCUGUAAACAAAGCCCUUUUUUUUUUUUACUCUCACAUAUUCUGCUGUUUAUUUAGGAAAGAGGCAGCAUUUGCCAGCUGAUUCUUGUAGGUGGACACCAGAGAUGGGGUUAGAUGGAUGUAUUUAAUCCACGCAUUCCUGAAAUAGGUUGUUUGUUUGUAGCGGUAACCUUACUGUCAUGUUAGGCAUCAGAAGCUGUUUUACUAUUGCAGUUGUUUGGAACAUGAGUGCUGGUAGGAUAGUCUGUUCUCAGUGACUGGUGGUAUCACUAGGAACAAUAUCACCUUGUCAAUUCCCUUUUGUAUUGUAAUGUUAGCUUUGUGUUUUGACCCAGGUGCCAGGAUGGAAUUGUUGCCCAAGAGAGUGCUGGCUAUGACUGAGUCCUUCCAGGACCUUUCUCCUGCACCAAGAUUAGAACUUCAAUGUUUCUUUGUAAAGAAAUGAAAAGCCCCUGGGAACUUCCAGUGGAGUAAACUGGGUUUUCCUGCUCAAAUAUCUUGAUUGAGAUUGACAAAGAAAAUAUCUCAGUGUAAUCCUGCCGAACUGUUUUCCUUGGAAUGCCACAAGUAGGCUUGUUCACAAAAUCUCUGCUUUUCCUAUAGGCGUAUGCAGAAACAAUCUCGUCACUGGAGCCACAGGGGCUGGGCUCAGUGCACAAAAAAAACAGAGAUCCCUGCCAUCCCAGCAGGGUGGCAGCCUUCAGUUCCACAGCCAAGUGGAGGAGACCAGCUGGGGAUGGGAUGAGAAGCCAGCAGAGGCUGGGUAUUCUGCACAAGGCAUCAAUGCACAGCUUUAUUAAGCACAUGGCAGGGCAGUGGUGGUACCUGUGUUUGCAUCCAGGGGCAGCAGGCAAAGGACAUGGAAAAUCUAGUAUUGUUGCUAACUGCUUCUCCUUUGGUUGUUUUGUCCUGUGACAUUUAAGCCUAAUGUUCUAGAGAGUUUUGAGAGUCUGCAGCUCCCAAUUCCUCUCAAAUAUGAGUGCAAUUUGUACAGCUCUUCCAAAAAUCUCAACCUUGGUGCUUGUUCAUCCCAGUAAAUGCUAUUCUGGAGAGAAAGAGUCAAAAAACAGUUUCACAACACUCUAUCAAGUGUAUGCAUAUGCUGAGUUUUGAGUUACAUUUGCAAGGAGCUGUGCAGCAUGUGGGUCAGAUGUGGGGAAUAAAUAGGAUCCUGUGAGUCCUGAAUCACCAUUCGCUCUUCUCUCCAUACUUCAUGUGAUGCAUACUUGACAGCAAACCUAAGUAACCAGCUCUGGGCUGAAACACUGAAUUUAUGCUUUGAGUACCAUGAGCACUGAGAUCCUGAACACAGAUUUAAUCCAAACGUAGUUCAAACCUGGAAUGCAAGUAGGUUCUAGCACUAUGCUUGUAAAGUCAAUUUACAUCUGAUUUAGGAUUCAGGACUUAGGGACUGUGUUGUACUUAAAUUUGCUUCUCUGAUACAGUGUCCAGACAUUGCAACAUGCACUAUAGAUGUCAGUGAUGGAUUAUACUCUUUAUUUCCUUUUGGCUGAACCUUUCCAUCACCAACCAUUUCCUGGGUAAAAGGCAUUCAGUUUUGCUCAAGAUCCCUACCUCUAUUUCAGGCGAGCACAUGCUGCAUUCUCUCCUGGAGACUUCACUGUGAUUCUUUCAUGCUGUUGUUUUUCCUUAGUCUGGAAUAAAGUCAUCUUGGGCUGAAAGUGCAUGUUUUGUUCUCUGUGGAUGGAAACAUAACAGCACCCGAUGAACGUUUCCUGAUGGGCUUCCUGCGAUUGUGAAGGGAAUGGUGUCAGAGAACAAAACAGGAUACGGUUGCGGUGUUUGUGAAUGUAGCCAGGACAAUGGUAUCAAAGUGAAAUAAAAAAUAAUGAAUGGACCUUGGUGCAGCGGUGAGUCAGCGCUCAGAGGAACCCGAAAUAUUUGUGCCUCUCUAAACUGCCACCUCCCAGAUCUUGCAUUCCUGGGAGAACACCCUUCUUACAGUUUCCAGUGUUCAGCAGUAGGAACCAUCCUGAAAAGACAAGGUGGUGCAGUCUGCACCUAUUCCUUCCUGUUUUAGAGUCCACCAGAUGUCCUUUUGCAAGGCAGCCUGUUAAAGGGGAGACGCAUGGAUGUGACCCUCUCUCAUGACAAAGUCCAACUAAUACUUACGGGUUUCGCGCUUUGUUGUUUCCCUUUCUACGAUGAUUUCUUUAUAUCAAUAACGUUUUCCAUGUGGAAAACCAAAAAACACGAAGUUGUUAUGUUGCCUCAGUUUCUGGUAGGAGUAAAAGUACCACCGAUGGUAUUGGUGGAAAUCCUGAUCACAGUUUUGCCACUAAAAGCCCUUCUCUGGCACAGCAUCAGGGAGAGCAGUCGGGCAGUGGGAGCUCUGGGACAAAGCUGAGGUCAGCACAGAAUUCUGCAUAGCAGAGGACUGCUUUAAUUCUUCCAGAUACAGUUUUGGCUUGUCAGAAAGCCAGAUUCUGAAACCAUCUUGCAAUUUUCCCUCCAUGUGUCUUCAGCAGAAAGGACCAUAAAAAUGCUACAAUAAUAUUUACUGAAGUGUGUAUGUUCACAGUUAUAUCCAUGUGUCUCUGUUUACAAACGCAUCUGCUCAGAGCAAGUCAAUUAUUUUCCAAGGGAAGGGAAAAAAUUAAAAGGAACGUGGACUACAAUGAGGUGGAUUUGACUGCUGAGCUCUGGAAAGCAGUCACCCGUGCAAUGUCAAGUCAUUCGUAGUGGGCAUGGUCAGCUCUGGAGUGAAGAAGAUGUGGGCAGAGAUCAGUGGUGAUCUAAGCACAGUAAGCUGGCCAAGGGCAGUGCUAAUACAUGGGAAAGGCUGAUUGGUUUUCUGGAAACAUGAUGUGGCUUGGAAAGGAUCCAUAGAGAUGAUUUAGUCCUCCCACCUCAGCAGACAGUGCUAACUCCAGAGUUAUGCUGAUUUGUUCAUGGAGGCAAAUCCUUUUGUAGUAAAAUUCACUGCCAAAAAUGAAACCUGUCUCGACCAAUGCCAAUGGCAAAGCUUCCAGCACAUUUAACAGGCUUGAAGUUUUACCCCCAAGGUUUAGUACUCACCCUAAAUCACCUCAUGUGUUUUGGUUGGCAGACCUGAGCAGGAAUUCUCCCAAACUUUCUGGUACCAGAAGCCAGAGGCUGUGAUUUGUCCCUUGUCUGCUAAUGGGCAGACACCUCAUCCACUCCUCCGCUACUCCCAGUGUGUAUCAUAUAGGCAGGGUGUGAAGCACCGCAGAAUGGUAGGCUGGAGAUGUGAUAAUCUCUCAGACAUGUCCAGCUUUCUUGCUUCUUAUUUCACCAUAUUUCUCUUUAGAGGUCAAGGGGCCACAGCAGCAAUUUGAGCAGGUUCUUUUUUUCACUUCCUUUCCUCGUCCUGUGCUCAACCCACAAAAAACCAUCUCCUGGAGACUGCCCACAUGUCUGAGGCUGCUCCUAAGCUUUCCUACCAUCAGCCCUAAUGCAGGAACUUGUUGGAGGUGAGUGCUUGGGACUCGCUUAUUCCCACCUGAUAUUCAGCCUAUUGGAAACAAAUCAGUACAAGCUCUAAGCUGAUUGAUGCAAAGCUUAGACCGAGAAAAAAAACUCUUUGGUUCAGAUCCUACAAAUGUGCACAUGAAGUCAAGUGCUCCAGUGCUCUUCUGAAAAUCAAAGUACAGAGCAUGGCUUAUUUUUUCCUUUCUGAAUCAGGUUUUGGUGAUCUUGAGAUCAAAAUAAUAAAACAUUCAUUUUAGCAACCUUAUUUUAUCCACUCAGUGUGCGAUUUCACGGAAAUAGUGGAUGUAAAAAUUAAGGGAAAAAAAAAAAAAAAGACGUAUAGCCUUAUAAGAAGUUUUGCAAAAUCAUCUUACCCCAAUUUUUAUCUGGUUUUGUGUGAUCUCUAAUUUCAGUCUGUAUGCCUAUCUUAUUCCUGCUUUGUUUCCUCCUAGCACAAGUUACUAAGUUGUGGUUCCCAGUUUAUCUGAAUUGUGAAGAAACGCUGCUGCACUCUAGGGCUGCCAAGUUAAGCUCCACUGUAGUUCUCCUGAUGGAAAGUGAAAGAAAGGCAGGCAGGGCUGCAGAGGAGACCUUGCAUCAUAAUUUGUCUGGGUAGCUGACUUGCUUUGUAGUUUUGAGUAAUUCUUCAGUGCAGAGUAAGUACAAAAUUAGGGGAGUGUGAGAUAUCAUCAAAAUAAAUGAAAGCCGACAUGCACUGUUUUGGCCCUCCUUUCCAUACAUACAGAGAAACCCUCAAAUGUACAGAAACUUUGACACAGUCUUAAAGGCACAUUGCCUUCCCCUUAAUCCUCAGUCCUAAUGCUGCAGGGAAGAAAGCAAAACUGCAUCUCCUCCAAUCUCUCCACAGGGCAGGGACAUCUCUGAGGCAUGGAUGACAGCAUUUGGGUUGCCACAACACAAAUACUAUCAGCUCAGCUGGAAAAUACUAUGAGCAGAAUAGACAGUCAGUCACUGUAAAGUUCUGCAAGUAGAUAAAAGUCUAGAGCAAUGAAGUUAGGCAGAGGUGACUCUCAGCCUUCUGUUUGCACUACAGCAUUAUGUUGGGUCUCUGGUGCUAGCUGCAGCCUGCAAAUCCUCUGCUAUAGAAGUAGGCCUUAAAUUGAUUGUGAAGGGCACAAGAUUGGAUUGUGGUUGUUAGCAAUAAAAUGCCUGUGCUUAUAAUUUUCCAGGGGGAGUUAUGGGAGUCCCUGCACCAGUCACAUAAUAUGCUGCCAGGAAGGCGGAAUGGCAAGAGCAAACCUCAAAAAAGUACACUGGAAAGAUGUGGAAUUCAAAAACUAACAGCCCUGGAUGAGGCUCAGAGCCACUGGGGCUUCCUGUAUGUGUAGAACAGGGCAACAGAGGAUGUAGGGAGAAAAAGGGACAGAUGGGGGAAUACCUUGCUAAAGGUUAUGCCUAAGAUCGUGGGUAGAGAUGAGAAUAACACUCUGCCUUCCUGUCUCCUAAUUCCGUGCUCAAUCCAUUCGAAUGUGCUGCCCCAAGAUCAACCCAGACUCUGUUCCUCUGUACAUUUUAUAUUUGACUCAUUUUCUUGUAAGUCCGAUGUUAUCUCCUUUCUGCUUGUAUGAGAUGUUGGCAAAAGAAGUGCUGACUUGUAAAAAUGCAGUGCCAAAGUCAUUUCUGUUCGAGGAGCAGAACCUCAGUGCUAACCUCAAGCCAUAUGUAAGACUUGUUGCUGUUGGUACCUAAUACUGCGGUGCUCUGCAUUGCACAUCUGGGCUCUGGCAGAUGGUGGGUCUGAGUUGGUAGCUUUCACCUUACAAAAACAUUUCAGGAGCGAUUUUCCUGCAGAGUGGUGAAUCUAUAUUAUUGAAAAAAAAAAAAACCAACCAACCAAACAAGUAACAGUCACACCUCCAGAGGUAGAAGUUCUUUCCAUGCACAGCAUGAUAGUUCAGGUACUCAGCACUUGCUUCUAAGCCAGACUUUGUGGAGGAGGAUGAAUCUUUGAUCUUUAGCUAUGCCUUUUAAAUGUGGUUAUGGCCAGAAAAGUGAACGCAAAGAGCUCUAAGUCAAUAUUCAGUGUAGAUGCAUUGCAUACACCUGGAAAGAGCUGUUAUUAUAGGCACUGCAUCAUAUCUGUGGUGAAAACACUGACAAGUGUCACCUCACCAGCUCUUGUUUUCCUGACCUUUCUCAGAGAGUGGGGAACCAGAAACCUCCAGUAAGCUAUCCUUGGCAGUAAACUUUAGAUAAAGUUAAAAACCUGAACUUUUAAGGGCCUUGUCCAAGGCAAAUGUUGGGAGGUUAGAGAAAAUGUCAGAAUAUCCUGGGGCUAGAUCUGUUGCUAGUGCAGUCAUCAGCUCAAUCAAGUCUGUGCUGGGGACAGUAAGCAGAACAAGGAGGUGAAUGGUGACAAUUCGUAUUGCACAUCCUCACUGUGUGCCCCUGACUUUCACCUGAGGGUUGUUCAUACAGAAUACAUCCCUUUCAUGCAGACUAAAUGCCCCAGAAGUCCCACCCUUUACCCAAGUAAAACCUUUUGCUAACACACAAAUGCCGUUUGCAUUUGGCAGUAAAGCCUCAGGAUAACUUGCUUGAAGCACUGCCUCUGCCCUGUCACAGUGCUGCCGGCAUGACCAGCAGAGCAGGCUGCCUUUCCUGCAGCACAGGAACAAAAUCACAGCACAAAUCACUGUAUUGAGGCACUUACAUGUGGGACCUGGCUCUAGGUGGCUGGCCUAAGAAAACAAAAACCUGCCAAUUCAUCCCUGUACGACUAUAAGCUGUUAUUACUAAUAGCCCUUUCACAUUUUCAUGUCUAGGGGAUCCACAAGUGUGUGCUAGCUCUGUACAAAGUUGUCUCAGUGCUCACAGCAAUGGGAGUCCGUCGUGGUGGGCUGCCUUGAGGAGGCUGAGGCUGCGCUCUGCAGGGGCUGAACUUGCCUAUGGCUGUGCUGCAAGCAGCCUAGACAAGGCUUGCCACAUUUAUGCCAGGAAUGUGAUUAAAAACUGGAAAAACUGAAGCCGGCCUAUUCCCAGAGGCAAUAUAAUGUAACGUAUAUGCCAGAGUAAUACACACAAGACCCCUGUCUCAGACAUGGUCUGGCCAGCUCAAGGACACAGCCCAGGAGGCGACAGCGUGGGGGGAGCUCUGCAAGCAGUGCCCUGUCUGGUUAGGUUAUGUUAGCACCUUUCACGCCUUGCCUUGCUCUCCCAGAUGCCCAUCACCAAACGCUGAGUAACUCUAGAUUCCAGUGGGACAGACAUUUGCCCUCUGGUAUGCAGUUUAACUCUUGAUCUCUUCCUCAGCAAGAGCUGAAGUCAAACACUUCCUGAUCAGAUUAGGUCCUUCAAAAUGGAAUCUACACAAGUAGAGUCUCCGAUAGUGACUACGAGGCAGGUUGUAUGCUUUCCCCAUCCUGGCAAAGUCAGCUGAGCCUUGCCCUCUUCCAGGAGAAUGAGUCCCACAUAGUCCUCCUUUUAGGGAGUCAGCUGAGUGGCCCCGUGCUCUCAUCCCACAAGUUAAAGGCUACCUGCUGCCUACCACCCCUCUGCUUUUCUUCCAGGUUGUAAUGUCCAGAUCACAGCAAAGCUGUUUGCAGCAGGGCUGGCAGCAUGCCACUCGACUUCCCUCGCAUGCAAUCAGCUAUACUUGUUUGCUAUUUGCUUGCACGACCUGACCAUGAGCAGGUGUUACAAGCCACUAUCUCUCAUCUGCAGAAGCUCUGUAUGUCAUCGGCUCCCUCGGAGCCAUGAGUCUGUAGUGCCUGUGGCUGUAACUAACUCAAGGCUUUAGCUCGAACAAUCCCUGGUUCAGUAACUUCUUGAGCCUGCCAUGAUGGCAGUCAUCACAUUUGAAUUUCUUUUCCUGUGUGCGAUGAAGUCUUAAAGUCUGUGCAUUCUGCAGACUGCAUACGCUCAAGCAGCAAAACGCAGAGCUGCUCCAUGCAACUGCUGCCUGCCUGCUGGCUGUCACUGUUGUGCUAAAGCCAGGCACUGUGCAGGCAGGGCCUGACCACUUGUCUGUCAGGGAAGGUCCUUAUCUGAGGAGGCAGACUUUCCAUCUGAUACCAGACAACCGUGUAUUUGCCUUUUGUUAGCCCUGUGUAUUGUAAAGAUACUGGCUUAAUAAGUGAUCUUCAUCUGGGGCUGUUCUUUGCUUCUUGGUGUUUUCUUUUCUUUUCUGAUAUCUUUUUUUUCAUCAGAAUCCCUUUUCAGAAGAAAAACGGCUUUAGGUAGAAAUAACAUUUUCCUAGAUACUGUUUCCCUCAAAAAUAGAUUUAUGUAUGUUUUUAAACUGGAAAUCUCCAAAAGAGAACAGCUGAAGAGCAUCCUGUGAAUUCACAGUGGUACAGAUGGUUUCCUUGCCUCUCACAAGGAUUAGUCCUCACCUGACAUGCACAGCAUAGACUAGGGAGGCAAAUGUCAGUCCAGCACCCCACGUAUCUGUAAGCUGCCUACCACCUCAUAAUGCAAGGAGCUCCACAUUUUCUAAGCAGAGGCCUAUGGAAGAUGGGUCAUUUUGGAACCGUUGUCUGAUACCUUGACUUCAGUAAACCAGAGAAGCAGCAAGUUUCUGGAGCUCUACCUCUGGAUGGAAGGCCUGUUCUGAUUUAAGAGCUGUUAUCAGACAGCAAUGUGUCCUCACACUGUUCUACAAAGUUUGUAUCCUGGAGAAAUUCUCCAUCUCUUUAAGGACAGAAGGCUGUGAUCAGGCAGGAACGUGCAACACACAGCAUUAGGUAGUGUGGGGCAAAAGUUCUCACUGUUGUUUAAGGGCUGUCACCAUUGCAGCUGCUCAGUGUGAGGGGUUGCUUGCAAAAUACUUGUUGCAAAAACUGUGACUCCAACAGGACUUACACACAUUAGGUCUGUCCUGAAUUCAGGCUUAGUCAGACCCACUGAAACUCUAGGCUACUCAGACGUGUUUGGUUUUGUUACAUGAUCUGAGGUCUGAGAUAGAAAAGUGCUGAUAUUCGUAGAUGCAGAGCACAGACAUGACUCUUUCUAAGUGGGUUAAUUUCAAGCUGAGAGGGAUUCUAAUAUUUAGCCAGUAGACUACAACUAUUGAGUUUUUUGUGAUGAUAUCAUGAGCCCAUUACUAUCUGAUUUUCACUUAGAUUCUCGUGUGAUUGGAGGAUUCCAGCAGCUGAGAGUUUCUAAGUCUUCAGAAUUUUUUUUCCCUCCUUGGUUGUGGAAAAAGUUUGUAAAACUAACCUCAGAAAUGGCUGUUGUGGGGAAGAAGGCAGAGAACAACAAUUUAUUAUUUUUAAAAGCUCAUAAUUUGGAUCACGUUCUGUGAAUUUGGAAUACCAGAGGUUUAGCAACAGAUCAGCUUUGAAAGCAAAGGCAGUGUCUGCAUGCUCAUGGUCACCCACUGCUGCGUGUAUAUUACAGGUCUUCUCAGUGCUCAGUCCACAGAGGAGGCGACUCUGUUGCUGCCUUUGUUUUGGAGGUCUGCUCCAUUAACUCACAUUAAAGUAAUGUGUAUUUUAGUCUGGGAGGUUCCUCCUUCAGUUUCUGGCUUGCCAGCUAUAAUGGCAGCUGUGCACUGUGCGGUUAGCUGAGCUCCAUCAAGAACAUGCAGACCCUGUCAGAUGCACUUGGAAUAAGGAAGGACUCUGCCAAAGCCUUUAUGAGCCUGGCAUGCUUCAUUUAGAAAACCCAGGCACACCAAUGCAAGGAAAUUGAUAGUCAAAACUUUCUGUCAACAUUUUGAGUUUCAGCAGGAAAAAAAAAAAAAGGAUAACAAUUUCCUGUUUUUAAGCAUUUCUAGAAAUGCACAUUUGGUAACUCACCAGUCCUACAUCGCCCACAAAAUAAACAAAAAGGGAAAAGUAAUGCAUUUUUUAUUCCACCACUAACACCCAUAACUCUGACCUGCACUGACUGCUUCUGCUUCACGAGUAACCUCAAAAUAUAGACACCACACAAAACUGUUUGGAAGAAGAUGCUCAGAAAUAAUAUGCACCUUCAAAUGACGCUCCAGACAUUUUAUAUACUACAUAUCUCUUUUUCUGGUUUUGGACCAGCAAGUGCAGACAGGAGGGCAGGUAACUACAUAAAACACAGGUGAAGCUGCUUCUCAGAGUCUGUUUUCAGUGACCCCUGAGCAUGGUGUAGCAGCCAGCUGCCACCUUUGCUGUUUGCAGAAGUCAGAUAACCUUAAUUCUUGCCCCACCCAGCAGCUAGCAAAGGAACCCACUGGUUUUGCAUACGGGUUGAUGGACCCCAAAGCAUCUGAUUCAAUCUGCAAUCCUGACAGGUGGCAAUUUCAGACAGAGUUGGGCAGCUGGGGGGCCCUCGCAGGAGGCCCUGUCGGUGGUGAGCGACGACCAGUCCCUCUUUGACUCCACGUACGGCGCUGCCACUCACCUCCCCAAGGCAGACAUGACAGCCUCAGGGAACCCUGAUUAUGGCCAGCCACACAAAAUCAACCCUUUGCCUCCUCAGCAGGAGUGGAUUAAUCAGCCAGUCCGGGUCAAUGUUAAAAGAGAAUAUGACCACAUGAAUGGAUCAAGGGAGUCCCCUGUAGACUGUAGUGUGAACAAAUGCAGCAAGCUCGUCGGAGCAGGCACAGAGUCCAACCCGAUGAGUUACAGCACCUACAUGGAUGAGAAGAAUGGGCCUCCUCCCAACAUGACCACCAAUGAGAGGAGAGUCAUUGUCCCAGCAGAUCCCACCCUAUGGACCCAGGAACACGUGCGCCAGUGGCUGGAAUGGGCCAUAAAGGAGUAUGGAUUAAUGGAGAUUGACACCACCCUCUUCCAGAAUAUGGAUGGCAAAGAGCUCUGCAAAAUGAACAAGGAUGACUUCCUCCGAACCACCUCCCUCUACAACACAGAAGUUCUGUUGUCUCACCUCAGUUACCUCAGGGAAAGUAGCUCACUGCUGGUCUACAAUACUCCAUCCCACACAGAAGCUUCCUCACGUCUUGCCACCAAAGAAGGUCCUCCUGUUGCAGGGACACAAAACGUGAACAAGACAACAGAACAGCAACGGCCUCAGCCAGAUCCCUAUCAAAUCCUGGGGCCCACUAGUAGUCGUCUUGCCAAUCCUGGGAGUGGGCAGAUACAACUAUGGCAGUUCCUCCUCGAGUUGCUGUCGGACAGUUCCAACGCCAGCUGUAUCACAUGGGAAGGGACCAAUGGGGAAUUCAAGAUGACAGACCCAGAUGAAGUGGCACGGCGCUGGGGAGAACGCAAAAGCAAGCCCAACAUGAAUUAUGACAAGCUGAGCCGAGCCCUUCGAUACUACUAUGAUAAGAACAUUAUGACCAAAGUGCAUGGUAAAAGGUAUGCCUACAAAUUUGACUUUCAUGGCAUUGCCCAGGCUCUCCAGCCUCAUCCCACUGAAUCAUCAAUGUACAAGUAUCCAUCAGAUCUCUCCUACAUGCCUUCUUACCAUGCCCACCAGCAGAAGGUGAACUUUGUACCCCCACACCCUUCUUCUAUGCCUGUCACAUCAUCCAGUUUCUUCGGAGCAGCCUCACCUUAUUGGACCUCCCCUGCUGGAAGCAUUUAUCCAAACCCCAACGUUCCUCGCCAUCCCAACGCUCAUGUAUCACCACACUUGGGCAGCUAUUACUAGAUGCUUUUAUCUUCAAGUGGCCUUAAUCAGUCUUGUUGGACCUUCUUCUUUUUUACAUCUGGGAUUUGUUUUUGUUUUUGUUUUUCUGGGGACCCUUGACGGAUAAUUGUGGCCUUUCUGGGACAGAAGUAAAACUGGAUAUUGGCUAUUCCUGGAUCAAACCUUCUACUUUUGUAAUUUUCCACUUGCGUCUUGAACUGAGAGAUGGAUGCUUCUUUGGGCCAGUACUCUGCAUUUUUCUUUGGUUUUUAAUGCUUAAAUCCUCUGUAGGAAUUGACUAUGAAGAUUGUUCAUCGUUACCUGGAAUGACUAUUAGCUUUUUGAUGAGAGAAUUUUUUUAAGAAUUCAAAGCUGGUUGACAAGACAUAGAUCCAACUGUGGGUCUUAGGAAAACACGACUACAGGUUUUUUUCUCACUUUGGAGAGGGUAGGCAAUUUGACUACAAAGUCAGGAGGACCUUGGGCUGCAGGGGACUACAACUGGAAUCUUAGCUUUAAGGCCGAUGAGGAUUUUCACCCAACUGGAAAUAAAAAAAUAUAUAUAUUCGUAUAUAUAUAUAUAUGUUCACGCAUAUUUUAAGAAGUAAAGGGCAUUGAAGGAAAUUUCUAGGCUGUACAACUUCAGUAGACUGUGUAUUAACUCCAGAAACAUCAGAAACUAGAACAAAAAGUAACUUAAUAUCAUGCACAUACAUUCUCUGAAAGCAAAAGUGAAGUAAGAUAAAUGACAGCAGGUCCCCGAGCUCUGCCAGAGCCUGGGAUCGCCAACUGCAACCGAUUCGCGAACGCUGUGCGUUUGUCAGACCGCCAUCCAAAGGGUCAACAAAUCAGAAGGCAAAUUACUGUAUAAAUUAUGCAGAGUUAUUUUUCCCUAUAUCUCACAGUUUUAAAAGAAAGAUGAACUAAAACGAGUUGACCUCGGUCACAAAUGCAGGUUUGUUUUUUUUACUGUCAGCUCAGUUGUUUGUGGGUUGUUUUUUUUUUUUUUUUUUUAAUGUAAUUUGUACAUCUUUCCAAUCUGUACAUUUGGGCUGUAGCUUUGUACUUUUUGCUAAAAGAAAUAAAAAAAUAAGACGUAAGUAAUGUAUCUGUUGGAGAUAGCCUAGAUCCUGCAAUGGGAUUCAUAACGGCCCCCAAACUAGCCAGAAACUUCCCAGAUUUCCUGAGCCUGUCUAGAGUAGAUGUUUUUCUUUCGUUAGCUUGUCAUAGUUGUUUGCAAAUUAACUCCAUUUAGCUAACAUAUUUCUCUGGAAGCUGAUUGAAAACAUUCAUUGCAAUUUUAAAGCAACCAUUUCAGUAUUUUGUGAUUAUUUUUCACCAAAAUCCUGAACUUUGGAAACGUUUUAACCACUUCACAGAGAAAAUUAUGGAAUGCUUCUCAGCACAUCUUUUGGCAUGGCGUUCCAUUUCCAUUUCAAACGUUGGCCGAUUUUCUACCACCUCUAAUUUUGCACGUGCUAAUUUGAUGAUCCACAAAUGGUGGUUUGGUGCCAUAAACAGAAGGGUAAACCACAAGCAGUUCUGUUUUAGAACAGAUGAUGUCUAUAGGGGGACCAGACCUACAUGUAUAGCCUAUUAGCUAACUUGUAUUAAUUGGCAAACAAUUAACAGGAUCAGAAAUAUCUCGUCUAGACAAAACCUCCGGGACUCUGUGGUUGCAAGAUUUGGUCCAUGUGCAUCCGAUUGCAGGAUGAGAGCCUGAAUCCAGAACAUUAUAGUCUGCUCAUAACUUUAACCAGAAGCACUGAUGCCGUUAUUUAACAAAAAGGAGAAAUAAGAUGGAGCUGAUCCGUUCGGGUCUGAGUGCUUUUGGAAUGUUUAUAAGCAACGUUACCGCAAUAAUCGCAAAUCUUAACGAUGAAGAAAUUACCCGUGGAAACGGGGCUUUUGCUACUAUAUAUAUGCAAUGUACUUUUUGGAUAUUAAAAUAUAUAUAAUUUUGCAAGUAAUCUUGGUGUUUUUUAAAAAAUGUAUGAAGUGUUACAAUGAAAUAGUUGUAUGAAGAGGAUGAUGUAAAAAAUGUGGCAAAAUAAAUGCUGGUUUUCUUCA